UUUACUUCCUGUGCAGCUGCUGCUGGACAGAGCCAAAGAACUGAGCAAUAUCAGGUAUUGAUGUAGCUGGAGUGAAUAAGGGAACCUUCUUCCUGAGUACAGACAUUGGAGCCUGUUAUCAGCAUGAACUCAUAUGUGUUAGACAAACACAUGAAUAGUUCAUAUCCAUCCUUCACUAUAGGAAGCAACAGAAUGAUACCGCAAACUCUAAAAGUCUUAGACACUAAUGACUAUUCACAAACAUUGGGGAUAUCACAGCAGCUAUUUAAAGAAGAUGGUGAAUUGGCAGGAACCGUGAAGCAAUCAUUAUGUACAGAGAGUAAUUUAGUAAUCAAACAAGAGGACAACAUUUAUGAGUUAUCUAGUGAAAUUAUUAUCCCAGAGGAUACACCACACACAUUUACUGAGUUUUCAAAACCUAUUAAAGAAGGGAAAAGUCUACAGUCUAGCCAAAUGAUUCAUACAAAGGAGAAAUCUUUCAAAUCUACAAAAUGUCCUAAAAGCUUUAGAUGGGAGUCUCCUCUACUAGAACAUUACAAAAUUCACACAGGUGAGAAACCACACACAUGUCCUGAGUGCGGCAAAUGCUUUACACAAAUGGAUCAUCUGAAAACUCAUAAAAAGAUUCACACCGGAGAAAAGCCGUUCACAUGUACAGAGUGUGGAAAAAGUUUUACACAAAUGUAUUGUCUGAAAACUCAUGAAAUGAUUCACACAGGAGAAAAUCCUUUCACAUGUACAGUGUGUGGAAAAUGUUUCACAGAAAAGUGUAGUCUGAAAACUCAUGAAAGAAGUCACACAGGAGAAAAGCCGUUCACAUGUACAGAGUGUGGAAAACGUUUUACACAAAAGAGUGAUCUGAAAAAGCAUAAAAGGAGUCACACAGGAGAAAAGCCUUUCACAUGUACAGAAUGUGGAAAAAGUUUUACACGUAUGAAUAAUCUGAAAACUCAUGAAAGGAUUCAUACAGGAGAAAAGCCGUUUACAUGUACAGAGUGUGGAAAACGUUUUACACACAAGAGUGAUCUGAAAAAGCAUGAAAGGAUUCACACAGGAGAAAAGCCUUUCACAUGUACAGAGUGUGGAAAAAGUUUAACACACAAGAGUGAUCUGAAAAUUCAUGAAAGGAUUCACACAGGAGAAAAGCCUUUCACAUGUACAGAGUGUGGAAAAAGUUUUACACAUAUACAUUGUCUGAAAAUUCAUGAAAGGAUUCACACAGGAGAAAAGCCUUUCACAUGUACAGAGUGUGGAAAAAGUUUUACACAAAAUAGUAAUCUGAAAAAGCAUGAAAGGAGUCACACAGGAGAAAGCGUUUCACAUGUACAGAGUGUGGGAAAAGUUUUACACAUAUAAAUUGUCUGAAAACUCAUGAAAUAAUUCACAAGGGAAGAAACCUUUCACAUGUUUAUAAAGUAGAAAAAAGGUUUUCCAUUUAAAGGGAAGGAGAGUCCUCGGCUUCAUUCAUUACUAGUGGGAAUUAAGAACCUGGCCACUGGGAGGCAGCAAAGACACCACAGCCAAAGGCUUAAAUACCUCCCCCACUCCCCUCAUCCCCCAGUCAUUCUUUGUCUUUCAUUACAGGGGGUGGCAGAGAGGUGCUGGAAAAUCGGAGGUCUCCCCUCUUGUAAGGUGUAUCCAGUCCACGGAUUCAUCCAUUACUUGUGGGAUAUUCUCCUUCCCAACAGGAAGCUGCAAGAGGAUCACCCACAGCAGAGCUGUCUAUAUAGCUCCUCCCCUAACUGCCACCUCCCAGUCAUUCUCUUGCAGCUCUCGACAAGGGAAGCAGCUAGAGAGAUGUGGUGCAUUAAUGUAGUUUAUCUUCAAUCAAAAGUUUGUUAUUUUCAAAUGGUACCGGAGUUGUACUAUUUUAGCCUCAGGCAGAAAGUUGAAGAAGAGUCUGCCUGUGGUCUUUGAUGAUCUUAGCAGGUUGUAACUAAGAUCCUUUGCUGUUCUCAUACAUAACUGAAGAGAUGGGUAAGUUCAGCUGGGGGAAUAGCGUGCAGGGUCUCCUGCUUUGAGGUAUGUGCAGUUUUAAAUUUUUCUAGAGAAAUGAUGAGCUAGAAAAUGCUGACAAUACCGGAUUUAUUUAAGGUAAGCCUGAUUACAGUGAUUUAAUAACGACUGGUAUCAUGCUUGCUGUAAAGGGUAAUAUUAUUAUUAUUUACUCACAUUACUGAAUAGAUAUAACGUUUGCUUGAGGUGUAUACACGUUUAUUUCAUAUUGGUGAUAAAACUUUAUUCUGGGGUCCAGUUUUUCCACAUGGCUGACUAGAUUUUGCCUAGGGAUAGUUUUUUAAGGCCCUCUCACUGUGAGUACAGGUUGGGAGGGGCCUAUUUUCCAUUAGUUUUUGCAGCUUGAGACAUCCAGCUUCCCUGAAGGAGUCCCCUGAAAAUGUAGGACCUCUCUAAGGGGUUUUUGUGCCUUCCAAAUUCGUUGUAUGGGCAGGUAGGGCCACAGUAGAGCUGUGGCAGUUUGUUGUGACUGUUUAAAAACGUUUACAGGUAUACCUCACUUUACAGCGAUUCGCUAAUACAGCGCUUUGUGGAGCUGAAGUUCAACCUCCAAGGAUUUUGAAACAGUGCUGUAAUCUUUGUGUGAUUGCGAGAAAAGUUACUUGCACCAUUUUGUUAUGUGCAGUUCACUCUGUUUACAGCAUUACAGUGCAAUCUGUGUCUCAGUGCUAUAGUCUGGCAAAUUUUACUACAGUAAUUGUCACUAUUUUACAGGUACAGUAUUUAUUGAAUACUAAUUGAAUACUGUGCCGUGCUACUGUUAAACUAAACAUAGCACUAUUGCACCCCUAAUAUAUGUUAGUUUAAACACACUGGCAAGUGAAAAGAAAGCUAAAACUGCCUUGUUUCACUUUAAGGCGCUUUUCACUUUACAGCGGGGCUCCGGUCCCUAACCCACUGUAUGAGCGGAGUAUACCUGUAUAUCGUUUUUUUGAUCCGGUUUUGAAACUAAGGGGUUAAUCAUCCAUAUGCAAGUGGGUGCAAUGCUCUUUCAGCCUAUUAUACACACUUUAAAGAUUUCGUAAGAUUUACUGCUUUUUUCACUGUUUUAGCAGUUUCUGUGAUUGUUUUUUUCUCUUAAAGGCACAGUACCGUUUUUAUUUUUUGCUUGUUCACAGUUAUUAAAGUGUUUUCCAAGCUUGCUGGUCUCAUUACUAGUCUGUUUAAACAUGUCUGACAUAGAGGAAACUCAUUGUUCAUUAUGUUUAGAAGCCAUUGCGGAACCCCCUCUUAGAAUGUGUACCAAAUGCACUGAUUUUACUAUAGAUUACAAAGACCAUAUUCUGGCUUUAAAAAAUUUAUCACCAGAAGAAAUUGACAAGGAGGAAGUUAUGCCGUCUAACUCUCCCCACGUGUCAGAUCCUAUAAAUCCCGCUCAGGGGACGCCAAGUACAUCUAGCGCGCCCAUUGCGUAUACCUUGCAAGACAUGGCGGCAGUUAUGAAUCGUACCCUUACAGAGGUAUUAUCUAAACUGCCAGGAUUGCAAGGAAAGUGAGACAGCUCUGGGACUAGAAUAAAUACAGAGCUCUCUGACGCUUUAGUAGCUAUCUAUGAUACACCCUCACAAUAUAAUGAAGCUGAAGCAGGGGAGCUUCAAUCUGUGGGUGAUUUUUCUGAUUCAGGGAAGAUACUUCAAUCUGAUUCUGAUAUGUUUACAUUUAAAUUUAAGCUUGAACACCUCUGCGUAUUGCUCAGGGAGGUUUUAGCAACUCUGCACGACUGUGACACUAUUGUAGUCCCAGAGAAAUUAUGUAGAUUGGAUAAAUACUAUGCAGUACCUACUUACACUGAUGUUUUUCCAAUCCCUAAAAGGUUUCCUGAAAUUAUUACUAAGGAAUGGGAUAGACCAGGUGUACCGUUCUCUCCCCCUCCUGUUUUUAAAAAGAUGUGUCCUAUAGACGCCGCUACACGGGACUUAUGGCGGAGGGAGCAGUUUCUACUCUAGCUAAGCGUACCACUAUCCCUGUCGAGGACAGUUGUGCUUUUCUAGAUCCAAUGGAUAAAAAAUUAUAGGGUUACCUUAAGAAAAUUUUUAUUCAACAAGGUUUUAUUCUCCAGCCUCUUGCAUGCAUUGCCCCAGUCACUGCUGCCGCGGCUUUCUGGUUUGAGUCUUUAGAGGAGGCUCUACAGGUUGAAACCCCAUUGGAAGAUAUUAUUGACAAGCUUAGGGCCCUUAAGCUAGCCAAUUCAUUUGUUUCUGACGCCGUUGUUCAUUUAACCAAGCUAACAGCUAAAAAUUCAGGUUUUGCUAUUCAGGCGCGUAGGGCGCUAUGGCUUAAAUCCUGGUCAGCUGACGUGACUUCAAAGUCUAAACUUCUCAACAUUCCCUUCAAAGGACAGAUCCUAUUCGGGCCUGUACUGAAGGAAUUAAUUUCUGACAUCACUGGAGGAAAAGGUCACGCCCUUUCUCAAGACAGGUCCAACAAAUUAAGGACCAAACAGUCUAGUUUUCGGCCCUUUCGAAACUUCAAGAGUGGCGCAGCUUCAACUUCCUCUAACACAAAACAAGAGGGAACUUUUGCCCAGUCUAAGCCGGUCUGGAGACCUAACCAGGCUUGGAACAAGGGGAAACAGGCCAAGAAUCCUGCUGCUGCCUCUAAAACAGCAUGAAGGAGCAGCCCCCGAUCCGGAAACGGAUCUAGUAGGGGGCAGACUCUCUCUCUUCGCCCAGGCUUGGGCAAGAGAUGUCCAGGAUCCCUGGGCAUUGGAAAUUGUGUCCAAGGGUUAUCUUCUGGAAUUCAAAACCUCUCCCCCAAAAGGGAGAUUUCAUCUCUCACUUUUAUCUGCAAACCAGAUAAAGAGAGAAGCAUUCUUACGUUGUGUUCAAGACCUCCUAGUUAUGGGAGUGAUCCAUCCAGUUCCGCAGGAGGAACAGGGACAAGACUUUUAUUCAAAUCUGUUUCUUGUUCCCAAGAAAGAGGGAACAUUCAGACCAAUCUUAGAUCUCAAGAUCUUAAACAAAUUUCUCAGAGUCCCAUCCUUCAAGAUGGAGACUAUUCGAUCCAUCUUUCCUAUAAUCCAGGAGGGUCAAUACAGGCACUACCAGUUUGUGGCUCUUCCCUUCGGGUUUGCCACGGCACCAAGAAUCUUUACAAAGGUUCUAGGGUCCCUUUUAGCAGUCCUAAGGCCGCGGGCUAUAGCAGUAGCCCCUUACUCAGACGACAUUCUGAUACAGGCGUCGACUUUUCAAGUUGCCAGGUCUCACACGGACAUUGUUCUGGCAUUUCUGAGGUCGCUUGGGUGGAAAGUGAAUGAAGAAAAAAGUUCUCUAUCCCCUCUCACAAGAGUUUCCUUCCUAGAAACUCUGAUAGAUUCUGUAGAAAUCAAGAUUUACCUGACAGAGGCCAGGUUGUCAAAACUUCUAAAUUCCUGCCGUGUUCUUUAUUCUACUUCUCGCCCUUCAGUGGCUCAGUGUAUGGAAGUAAUCGGCUUAAUGGUAGCGGCAAUGGACAUAGUGCCGUUUGCCCGCCUACAUCUCAGACCGCUGCAACUCUGCAUGCUCAGUUAGUGGAAUGGGGAUUACACAGAUUUGUCCCCUCUACUAAAUCUGGAUCAAGAGACCAGGGAUUCUCUUCUCUGGUGGUUAUCUCGGGUCCAUCUGUCCAAGGGUAUGACCUACUGCAGGCCAGAUAGGACAAUAGUAACAACAGAUGCCAGCCUUCUGGGCUGGGGUGCAGUCUGGAACUCCCUGAAGGCUCAGGGCUUGUGGACUCUGGAGGAGACACUCCUUCCGAUAAACAAUUUGGAACUAAGAGCGAUAUUCAAUGCUCUUCAGGCUUGGCCUCAGCUAGCUGCGGUCAGUUUCAUCAGAUUUCAGUCGGACAACCUCACGACUGUAGCUUACAUCAACCAUCAAGGGGGAACAAGGAGUUCCCUAGCAAUGUUGGAGGUUUCAAAAAUAAUUCUAUGGGCAGAGGUUCACUCUUGCCAUCUAUCAGCUAUCCAUAUCCCAGGAGUAGAGAACUGGGAGGCGGAUUUUCUAAGUCGGCAGACUUUUCAUCAGGGGGAGUGGGAACUCCAUCCAGAGGUGUUUGCACAGUUGAUUCAACUUUGGGGCAAACCAGAACUGGAUCUCAUGGCAUCUCGUCAGAAUGCCAAGCUUCCUUGUUACGGGUUCAGGUCCAGGGAUCCCAAGGCAGCGCUGAUAGAUGCUCUAGCAGCGCCUUGGUCUUUCAACCAGGCUUAUGUGUUUCCACCGUUUCCUCUGCUCCCUCAUCUGAUUGCCAAGAUCAAGCAGGAGAGAGCUUCGGUGAUUUUGAUAGCUCCUGCGUGGCCACGCAGGACUUGGUACACAGAUCUGGUGGACAUGUCAUCCUUUCCACCUUGGACUCUGCCGCUGAGGCAGGACCUUCUACUUCAAGGUCCCUUCAAACAUCCAAAUCUAAUUUCUCUGCGUCUGACUGCUUGGAGAUUGAACGCUUGAUUUUGUCAAAACGUGGUUUUUCCGAGUCGUUCAUUGAUACCUUAAUUCAGGCUCGAAAGCCUGUCACCAGGAAAAUCUAUCAUAAGAUAUGGUGUAAAUAUCUUCAUUGGUGUGAAUCCAAGGGUUACUCAUGGAGUAAAGUCAGGAUUCCCAGGAUAUUGUUUUUUCUCCAAGAAGGAUUGGAGAAGGGAUUGUCAGCUAGUUCCUUAAAGGGACAGAUUUCUGCUCUGUCUAUUCUUUUGCACAA